GCAAUAAUCAAUCAUUUCAUAGCGUGUCAUUUAGCUCAUACUCUCGUCUUGAUAUCAAUAUAAACCAAAAAUCCCCAGCUUGUUUAACUUAAAAAAAAAUAUAACGCCAGUGCUCGCUUGCUCAAUAUCUAGAAUAGACUGCUCAUUUUGCGCCAAAAAAUCCUUACAACAAAUAAAUAUCAACAACACCAUAAAAAAAUCACCAACACCACUAAAACAAAACUCUCUCUCUCUAAAAAAAACUCAAACCAAUAACUCUUGUGGUGCCAGCAGCUGUUCAUCGUCAUCUUUAUCAAAUCCUGGCAACUCAAAUUGUCAAACAUCACCGCCUCCACCACCCCCUCAGUCACUGAUACGUGACUAUUGGUAUGAAUUGAAAUUUUCGGAUUUAUUUAAAUUUAUCAAUGCCGAUGGUCGCUAUCAAUGUCCACGUUAUAAUUGUUUAAAAAGUUAUAAAGAUGCUAGCUCUCUACAGCGACAUAUCAGAUCAAUUGAAAUUUGGUGACAAUGAUUUCAUUAUAAUGGAUGAGCUAAAUGAAAUCAGCAGUGCCCUGACCAGUACCUCUCACUUGAGUGUGGAAAAUGAACGUUGUACCCGUUUGGAUUCAUGCCAAUCUCCCGAUCAGUUUUUCGUUAAUAUGGUCAAUGAAUUUCUCAAUGAUGAUACCACCACCUUGCCAGAUGAGACUUCAAAAACUUCUCCCUUGAAUAUUGAAUAUUUGGAAGAGCCCAGCGAUAAUGGUGUGGAAAGUCUUAUAAAUUUUCAUUGCCUAAAUAAAACCACCAAAAUAGUGGCAUCAACUUCAUCAUCGUCUUCCGUAUCACCUGCAGCCACUACCACCACCACCGGUGCUUUUCGUAUUAAUGAAUUGACUGAUGAUACAAAAAACAUUAACUCCUUGUUGUUGCCAAAUUUAAAUGAGAAUUUACCCAGAAAUGUUAAGGAGAUUUGCUAUCAAAGAUUUGGUCGCUUCAAUACCAAUCUGCCGGCUGAGGUACAUAAUUUUAAGUGUCAUCUGUGUGCGUUUUCAUGUGCAUGGAAAGAGAUAUUAUUGCAACAUUUUCAAGAUAAACAUCCAACUUAGUUA